GCAGUGAUAAAUUUUUGUUCGACUGACACUUUCUUGAGCCAAUCCCGCCUUCAACAUCAGAAAUUUUCUCGGUGAUGAAUUUAUUUUGGACAAUCCACGAAAAUCGCAAAAAAUAACAAAACUGAUGGUGCAGUGAAAGUGUCUGUGAAAUUAUACGAAAUCAAUUGGCCAUAAUGUGAAACAAAUGACAAAAGAUUGAUCACAGAAAAUGAUGUAUACAGAUCAGUAGUAGUCAUUAUAUUGUUCUAGUGGAAUACACACAUAUAUAAGAAGAAAAAAAAAGUGCUAAAGUGCGUUUGAAAGAAAUGGUCAAUGUUGAAUUCUAGAAAUAAUUAAUUAAUUCGUCAUUUUAUCAGUGCACUAUAUGAGUAUGAAUCAUAAUAUGAAAAUGUUGAUUCCAUACAUUCGGUUGUGUUGUGUUAAAUGUGCUUACGAUGGGGAAUAAAUAGAGGAUUUUUCGCAUUGACUAAAUUAGAUGAUGUCAUUACGUAAAAACCAAAUGUAACACAUAAAAAAUAAGUCCGACGGAGUGAUCGAAUUUAGUCACAUUGUUAAAUAGAACUCACAAAUUCAACACAGAACGGUUUCAUCUUUACGAAUAGAAAUUUCUACGAAAAAUUAUGUUUGCACCAGGAGUGAGGGUGGUUCGUGGACCCGAUUGGAAUUGGAAAAAUCAAGACGGCGGAGAAGGACACGUAGGAACAGUUUGUGAAAUAGGACGUUUUGGAUCGUUGCAUUCGCCGGAAAAAACAGUUGUUGUGAAUUGGGACUCAGGUCAUCGUACUAAUUACAGAGUGGGCUACCAAGGCCAAUACGAUUUAACCAUAAUAGACAAUGCACAAAUUGGUGUUAAGCAUCCUAAUAUUAUUUGUGAUGGUUGCUCAAAGGCUGGCAUAGCUGGUAUCCGGUUUCGUUGUGCGCAGUGUUCAAAUUACGAUUUAUGCGCCACAUGUUACGGAUCAGACGUUCAUGAUCUAGAGCAUCCCUUUAUUAGAUAUCAAACAACGAAUUCUGUUGGUGUUCGUGUACCAACACGCCAGAGCUCUGUUAAAGUUCAAUUGAAAGGUAUUUUCGUUGGUGCCAAAGUCGUGCGCGGACCCGAUUGGGAGUGGGGCCUUCAGGAUGGUGGCGAAGGAAAGACCGGUCGUGUAAUGGAAAUUAGAGGUUGGGACAAUGAAUCCUGUCGUAGUGUAGCUAAUGUAUCUUGGGUGACUGGGUCGACAAACGUGUAUCGAUUGGGUCAUAAGGGAAACGUCGAUUUAAAAUAUAUUCAGCCGGCUGCUGGUGGACACUAUUAUCGCGACCAUAUGCCUGUUCUAGGACAACCCGAAGAGCAACAACCAGUUGUUCAGGCAACCAGACCUAGUUACUCGGUGGGAGAUAGAGUUAAGGUUUGUUUAGACAAAGAAGCAUUAAUGAAAUUACAACAAGGACAUGGCGGAUGGAACCCUCGAAUGACUGAAUAUCUUACGAAAGUUGGAACUGUACAUAGAAUUACGGACAAGGGUGAUAUACGAGUGCAAUACGAAGGUUGUGCAAACAGAUGGACCUUCCAUCCGGCGGCUCUUGUCAAAGUCUGUACUUUUCAUGUCGGUGAUCUGGUUACGAUAAUUAACGAUGCAGCCAAAGUACAGCAACUACAAAAAGGUCACGGUGAAUGGGUGGAAACGAUGCGAAACGCUCUGAACAAAUCGGCGAAAGUGAUCAAAGUGUAUGCUGACGGCGACUUACGCAUUCAACAGAUCGAAGAUGGAUUUGCGUGGACGUUGAAUCCGAAAUGUGUCAAGUUGGAGCGGUCACCAUUGGCAACCGCAACGGAACGAUCAAAUAGCAUGAUGGACCUCAGUCAUCAGCGAGCUGACCAUGUAAUGAUGCCACUGUCCGGCCUGUCGGGAAGUUCAUCGGCCGAUAAACUGGUACGCGAAGCCGCACAGGGAAGACUCGACUACGUGCAACACUAUUUGGGACAAUAUCCGGAACAGGUUGAUGUGAUGAGCGCUGGGAAAACGUGCUUACAGGUCUCGGCUCAUCAGGGCCACAUGCAGUUGGUGAAAUAUUUACUGUCGUUAGGGGCCAACGUAAAUGUGGUUGACAAAGAGGGUGAUUCAACGUUACAUUACGCAGCGUUCGGCAAUCAACCGGAGAUAAUGCGGGUGUUGCUGAUGCAUGGAGCGGAAAUUAAUGUCCUGAAUUCGAGUCACUGUUCGGCUCUGCACAUAUCGGCACACAAAAAGCCGCCUCAAUGUGUUCGGAUUCUGUUGGAGUAUGGAGCUGAUGUAAAUAUUCAAGAUUCGUACGGAGACACGGCACUGCACGAUGCCAUUGGAAAGGAAAAUGUCGAGGUUGUUGACUUGUUAUGCUCGGCACCAAAUUUAGACCUUACCGUACGGAAUAACCGUGGUUUCAACGCUCUGCAUCAUUCGUCGCUGAAAGGGAACAGCAAUGCAAUCCGGAGAAUUCUUCAACUGGCCCGACAGCUGGUCGAUGUGAAAAAAGACGAUGGAUUUGCCGCAUUACAUUUGGCUGCGUUAAAUGGACACGCGAAUGUGGUGGAAGCGUUGGUAAAGGACGGUCAGGCCGAUAUAAAUAUACGAAACAACCGGCGGCAAACACCGUUCUUGCUGGCAGUAUCUCAGGGCCAUGCAGCAGCAAUUGAGAAAUUGGUCGAUUUAGGUUGUGACAUAUUAGCGAAGGACGAGGACGGCGACAACGCUAUGCAUUUAUGUGUUAUCAAGAAAUCGAAUUUAAUUCAGGAAGUACCUCAAGAAGACGCACCGCAAAUCUGGGCAAUUUACCAAAGUUUACAGCACAUCGUCGAAAACCGGUUGAUGUGCGCCAUCUUGUGUUACUUGGCGAAAAACGGUUGCAACAUCGAUGCCAACAAUAAGGGGAAACGAAUACUGGACUGGGUCUGCGACAAGACCGUUCAAGAUUUAAUUCUGAGCUAUGUGAACAAAUCAGCGGCUGCAACGGUGUCCGGUGAACCAUCCAGUUCGAGCGAUGGUGCCGAAUACAUAAACGUACAAUUGUCAACGCUUAAUUUGAGUGAAAGUGGCAACGGAAGCAAUAACAGCAGUGCAAACACUAGCAUGGUUGAUCCGGACCAACAACCAUCGUCGUCAAAUCCACCCACUCCAUUGCGCCGACAUCAUCAAGCCAAUAAUCGAGACAUUUCCACACCAUCGCCAUCCAAUCCAUUCAUUCAAUAUGUCGGUGAUGCCGAAGCAACGAUACCAAAGAAAUCAAACAUCGACCGAAAUCACACCCUAUCGCCUCCAUUACCCACUGAGGCGCCUACCACUUCCAAUCAAACCAAUGACAUGAAUUUAACCGAAAAUGAGUCCGUGCGAUCGAAUUUGUGGCCGCCAAAAGUAUUGCAAGAUGCUCAGUCGCACGUCAGCCGAAAGGAAUUGAACAACACGAUUGUCGUAGCCAACAAAAUUACCAAUCAGGACUCGAAUCAGCCAUUUGAAUGCAUUGUUUGCAAUGAAGUACUACCUCUGACCAUAUUCGAGCCGUGCUGCCAUCAAAUAUCCUGUGAGGAAUGUUCGGUGCGAAUGAAAAAGUGUCUAAGCUGCGGAAUGGUCAUCGAGAAGCGUGUCACACAGAGCGGUGUUCCAGUUCUACCGCAGCAACAGCAGCAGCAGCAACAACAACCACGACAACCGUCAGCGGAUCGAUUACGUUAUUUGGAAAAUAAAAUCUUAGAAAUUGAAGAGACGCAUUGCUGCAGCAUUUGCAUGGAACGGAGACGUAAUGUGGCAUUUUUGUGCGGCCACGGUGCAUGUUCAAAGUGUUCAGAGACACUGAAAACGUGUCACAUGUGUAGAAAGACGAUAGUUAAGAAAAUUAAUUUAUAUUGAAAAGAUGAGUGGAUCAUCGUCGUCGGC